AUGGUCGAGAAUCAAGGAAAUGCAGCAAAAAACGUUGCUAAUGUUAAUAAUAUUCCAAAUAUUGCAGAGGUCCCAGUAGACCAAGGACCAAGGACACUCAGAGACUAUGUACUUCCUACUGUCACGGGAGUGCAUUCAUGCAUCAGACACCCCACUAUUGCUAUGAAUAAUUUUGAGAUCAAGUCGGAAAUAUUACAAAUGGUGCACUCUACUGUUCAGCUUGGGGGGUUGCCUAUUGAAGAUCCUAAUUUGCACGUGGCCAAUUUCCUGGAGCUGUGUGCAACAUUUAAGGUUAAUGGGAGCAACCUGUCAGCCCAAGCCAUGGAAGUACAGAGUUUAUGUGGGGCAUGUGGGAGUGUCCAUCCAUUAAAUCACUGUCCUGCCAUGGAUAUGAAUAAUAUACCUAUGGAACAAGUCCAAGCCAUAGGAAAUUUUCAAAGGUCAACCAACAACUCCUUUUCAAUGUCAUACAACCAAGGGUGGAGGAAUCACCCUAACUUCUCAUGGACAAAUAACCAAGCCGCACAGCAGCCUUUCCCUCAAAAUCAGCAACAAUUCCCACCUCUACAGCCACAACCACAACAACCAAUACAUAUGAAAAAACCCAAAGCACAUUCUGAUGUACUGAACCAGUUCAUGACCGAAUCCAGGGCAUCUAUCAAGAGUUUGGAGACUCAAAUAGGGGUGUUGGCUACUUUGAUGACAAACUGUGCUCAAGGGAACUUACCAAGCACUGCUAAGGUAAACCUAAAAGAGCAGUGCAAUGCAAUAUCUUUGAGUAGUGGCAAGGAGUUAAAAGAGCCAAAAGUGGUUGAUAAGGAGAAGGAAAUGAGUGGGUCAAAUGUUAUAGAGAACCUAGAAAAGCAGCCAGAAAUAAGCAUAAAUCACCAUAUAAAGAUCCCAUAUCCUUGGAGGCUUCAAAAGAAGAAGCUUGGCAUGUAG